AUGAGGUUUCACAACCGGAUAGCCACUGUCCCCUCCUCCUCCCCCAAACACCAUCCUGCCCUCUAUAUCUCACUCCCACCCUGCCGCUCCCAUUCCUCGGGUCUGAUCAGGCCUGGGCAGUGGUCCCACCGGGCUGGGACCUUGUCCUGCACUGUGAGAGUCAGGGGCUGGGACUCUGGAGGUCUAAGCGGCCGAGCCACGGAGCUCCAACUCAGCCGGCUUCACUGCCGAGGCCCAAGGGGUGGUGACCAGACAUCACAGGUCACUGGCACGUCGAGGCUGUUGGGGGGGACUGUUCCAUCAAAGACUGUCUUUGGAGCAACCGUGAUGUUAGCUGGGUAUCUAGGCCCAGGGGACUCCUGUUAA